AUGUUUAAUGAAAUUGAAUUUCGAAAAGAUUCUCAAGAUUGUUAUUUAUCACGUCCAUGUAUACAUAUGGAUUGUAUUAAAUGGGUUAAGCGUGAUAGUUAUUUAUCUGUUGAUAGUCAUGGUCUUAAAGCUGUAAGAAAAGCUAAAUUACAUUAUAAUUCAAUUGAAAUUAAUCCAGAACAUAUGCGUCGUUUAGCUGUUGAACAAUCACAAACAUUAUCAAAUGAUUCAGUAUCAUAUGUUGUUGCAAAAUAUUAUUUAUAUAUGAAAUAUGUUCAUACAUUUAUUUUUGCACUUGGAACAAUUAUUCCAAUGAGACCAGAUGACGUACUGCGAAAAGGUUAA